AUGAUUGUUGAAUGCAUUCACAUUAGAAUCAAACUGUUUUUCUCUGUUUCAGAGCAAACUCAGGAUAGCGUCUAUAAGUUUGAGCAGACGGCAGGGCUCUCUGACACCGGCUACACUCCCCACAAAGGCCUCACUGCUGAGGAGACGAGACAUCACCAUCGUGUGCCCGAAACAAUCCAGAAACUCCAGAUCCAGAGCAUGGAGGCCAAGGAAGAGCGCCAGAGCUCCUCCGCCCAGUCCACUCCAUCCAACACACCACACAGCUCCCCUAAAUCACAGCGCAGAGGCUGGUUCGGCAGUUCGAGUUCAGAGCUCAGUAUCGCCUCCUCCAACAGCAGUUUGGACAUGGCUGGAGUAGACGUCGGGGGAGGAGGAGGAGGAGGAGGUGUAGUGGAACGAUGGGGUGUCUUCGGACCUCGACCACCUGUCCAUAAGUCGACCUCUGACCUGGGAUCAGACGCCACAACUUCAGGCUUUGCUCUGCAGGCGUACCGUGGCGCUCAGAAGCCGACCCCGAUGGAGGUGAUGAAGACGCAGGCUCGACUGGCCGACGGCGCUUCCAUUCAGAAGGUGUCUCCACCCAUAAUGGAGAUUCCCACGGUGGAGGGACGGCGGCAUGGAACCCGAACGCACAAGCUCAAACCCAGAGAUAUGAACAUCCUGACGCCCUCCGGCUUCUGAGAACGCAAGCUGCCUGACGCGCCGACCACAGGUCCCAUGAAAUGAUGACGUCCUCGUGCUUAGUUCAGUGUAUUCCAGUUCUUCUUUUUUUUCUUUUUUAAGUCCAAAUCUCUUCAAAUGUUACCGUGUUUAGGUCAUUAACGCCCUCAAUUUGAGGUCCGGUUACUCUUCCAAAUAUAAAUCCAACAGAUUUUGCACUGCCUAAACAGUCCUGUAUAAGUUUCUGUCGUUAAGUUAUAAUUUAACCCACCAAGUAACUACCUUGGAUCUGCGAGUGCAACGCUAUUUGCCACACAGGAGUUAGAUGGAGAACGUUGUAAACAAACCUCCACUUAGUCUAAUUUAGGUGGCAGGGUGGCUGAGCUGUAAGCUAAGCACCCGAACUGACGGUCAAACAUCACAAUUUACAGACAGACCUCCUAAUCAGCUUUGACCUACAGUAAUUACUGCAAUAAUCCCGUUUUUGGUCAGUUAAUCCAAGCUUGUGGUUUUGCCUCAAAAUAAAAGUGGACCAGUAAAUCUGA